AUGUCUCUCGUUGUACCAGAUAAGAACCAAUUUCAGCAUAUUCUUCGUUUGUUGAAUACUAAUGUUGAGGGCAAGACUAAAGUUAUGUUUGCCUUGACUGCCAUCAAAGGUGUCGGUCGUAGAUAUUCUAAUCUUGUUUGCAAAAAAGCCGAUAUCGAUUUGCGUAAGAGAGCAGGCGAAUUAACCAAUGAAGAAUUAGAAAGAAUUGUAACAAUUAUUCAAAAUCCAACACAAUUCAAAAUUCCAAAUUGGUUUUUAAACAGACAAAAAGACAUAGUUGAUGGAAAAUAUUCUCAGAUUUUAGCUAACGGGUUAGAAUCUAAAUUACGUGAAGAUCUAGAAAGAUUGAAGAAAAUUAGAGCUCAUCGUGGUUUAAGACAUUAUUGGGGUCUUAGAGUACGUGGACAACAUACUAAAACUACUGGUAGACGUGGUAGAACUGUUGGUGUAUCUAAAAAGAAAGAAAGAGCAUGUUUUAUUAAAAUUAACAUUAACUUCUGA